AUGCGUUCUGUAUACGAUCAGCUUCUACAAACUACCUCUCCCCCACUUAUCAUCACACCACAGGAUCGGGCGUUAUCAUUCUACAAAGCUGUUCUUUGUGCGGAUCCCAAAAAUAUCUGGGCUGCUCAUGGCAUCGGUUGCGUUCUGGCUCACAAAGGAUUCGUCAACGAAGCCCGAGAUGUGUUCGCUCAAGUUCGAGAAGCAACUGCUGAUUUCGCUGAUGUAUGGGUCAAUAUCGCACAUAUCUACGUGGAACAGAAGCAAUACACAGCGGCCAUACAAAUGUACGAAAACUGUAUAAAGAAGUUUUCGAUGCAAAACAAUACGGAGUUGCUCCAAUACCUCGCCAGAGCGUAUUUCAAGGCCAACCAGUUGAAGGAGUGUAAACUGAUGCUUUUAAGGGCACUUCACGUCAAGCCGUCGGACCCUCUCCUAUCAUUUAACCUCGCUCUGGUUCGGAAACGAUUAGCUGUCACUGUGCUUCAAGAUGAGACCAGCAGCUUCUCAUCGGUUUGUGAAGCCAUUACAGACUUGAAUAUGGCCAGAUGUACUUUUGAUCACCUCUCAAAACUGUCGGAAGUUUUAAACCAGCCACUUGCGGCAGAAGAAGCACGAGCUUGCCAGGAUUUAUUGAGUCAAGCAAAAUAUCAUUUGGAUCGAGCCAAGUCACGUGAAGAACAGGAGCGUGUGGUUCGCAAACGACAGGAGGACGAGCGUGAAGCCCAGCGUAAGCGACAACUGGAGUUGCAGCAGCAAGCCGAACAAAUGCGUUUGGAACGUGAAAGGCGACUAGAGGAAGAGCGUGGCCGAUUUUUGGAAAAAGCAAAGCAGAUUGUCAUCGAACCCGCGGCUGAAGAACGAAAGGGGCGAAAAAGUGGCGGGGGAAGCCGGCGACGUGAUGAUUUUAUUGCUUCUGAAAGCGAUGAUAAUAGCGAGGACCGGCAAAGUAAUCACGGUGAAGAGGGUGAAGGAAACCGCAGCAAUAGACAGAAACACAAGCGAAGUAUGAGGCGACGUGCUGUCGAGGAACGUUCAGGCGCUCGGAAAAAGGCUCGUUUUAGCAGUUCGAAAGAUGAUGGACUGACAGCGAGACAGCGUAUGCGCGUCGUUAGCAAAGAGAUUGUGUCCGAAUCUAGCGACAGUAGCAGCGGUGACGACGUGGAAGACGAAGCGGCGCAUGAGGCCAGGGUUACCGCUCUAGCUCGUAAGAUCUUAUCCUCCGAUGAAGAUGAUCUCGAUCAACCUGUUGAACGGUUGCCGACACCGGAACGACAUGAAGACUCAUCUUCAUCUUUGGAUCUCUCGCAAGGCAAAAAGCUACCUUCCAAGGCGCACAAUUCCAGACGGUUCGCUGGUCUCGGACGGAGCGGAAGGGCUCGUGGUCAGAAACGCAAUGCCAUCCAGUCCUCGGAUGAAGAAGAUGAAGCUCCAACGACAGUUGAGCGCUAUAGACCGCCUGCAUCUCAUAACGUGAGCAGCGAAGAGGAAGGUGUUCCUCACCGAAAGACGGUGAAGUCGCGCAAGUCGAAUGUACUUAAUCCCACUGAAUUCCCCAGUGACACGGAAACAAAUAAAGGCGACGAUUCUGAUGAUGGGCUGGCUGGUUUGGAGAAACGAAAGCGACUGGUGGCCAGCAGUGAUAGUGAUGCGGAGCAGGAGCCAGUCGCUCAAGGUGGAGAGGCUAGUGACUCUACUAUAAACACUAGCGACAGAGAUGCACGAUCACCUUCACUGCCCCCGUCUGACUUCUCCUCUGCUCUCUCAGAAGAUGACAUUUCCUGA